GAUCUCUCCAGGCUUUUGGAGUAGAAGCCGCCACAACAACAGCAACAGCAGCAGCAGCAGCAGCAGCAGCAGCAGAGCUUCAGGAGCCAGAGUCAUGUUCGGGAGCCUGUCCAGAGUCUUCGAGGAGGACCCCUUCUUUCGGGAUCCAUUUGCUGCACAUACUGAACAUGUACAUCGUUUCUUUUCUGAACCCUUUGGGCGUGAUCCAUUUCUUGCUAUUAAAGAUGGUGGAGAAAGAAACAUAGGUCACAGAGGACGUCCAGAUUCUCAGGUUGCUUUGAGAAACAAUCACAAGGCGAUGAGCUGUUCCCUUAUGCCUUUUGGCAGUUUUGGUGGCAUGACCAUGAAUUUCCCCCUAAUCCCCUUUGGCUGUUCUGUUGGCAUGAACAUGGAUUUCAGGGAUCCUUUCUCUGCGAUGGAUAGAAUGAUGUCAAAUAUGAGAAACAGCAUGGUGGAAUUGCAAAGAAAUUUUGAUAAAAUGGCAGUUGAUACAAACGCCCACACUUUCAGUUCUUCUUCGGUGAUGACCUAUUCAAAAAAGGGUGAUGAACCUCCAAAGAUUUUCCAGGCUUCUGCUCAGACUCGAAUGGCUCCAGGAGGAAUUAAAGAAACCAGAAAGGCACUUAAAGAUUCUGAAAGUGGGCUUGAAAAAAUGGCUAUUGGUCAUCACAUUCAGGAUCGAGGUCAUGUAAUUCAAAAGGAAAAGAACAACAAAACUGGCAACGAAGAAUUGAAUCAAGAAUUUAUCAAUUUAGAUGAAACUGAAGCUCAAGCAUUUGAUGAUCAAUGGCAAAAGGAAAUUGGGAAGUUCAAGCCCUCUGUAGGAAGAAACAACAGAAAUGUGUCAAAACACCGAGGUAUUCAGCAUUUAGGCAAGGAAGAUGCAGUAAGAAGGGAGAAGACUCACCCAAGAACAGCCAUAGAGGGACCGAGGAGGCCACAAUCUUCUGUGGAGAAGCUCAGUGUCAAGGGAUCACACGUUCCCCUCAAAGCCAGCAAAAAAUAAAUGGCUGUGUUGUUUUUGUGUUAUUACUCUGGCUGUUUGUUUUGGGAGGAUACAAUCAUUCUGGAUCAAUGAAUAAGACCAAGCUUACUCUUCUUAGCAGUAGUGAUUUUGCUCUUUGACUCCCAGAUGUUCAUAACAGCUCUCAGCUCUUUGAUAACACUUGCUUUUGACCAGUAAAGGAAAAACACUUGAUACUAAAAAGCACUUUAUGGAGUUCUCUCUCUGUUAUGAGGUAGAUUGUUAAAACAUAUGGUCUUUACUGACAACAGCGGCUCUAUUAUGUUUGAAGACAGAGUGAUACUUGCAACUAUAUAUGCAGAGUUUCAAAGGAGCACAAGGUAGUAAACUGCUGUUUGUAAUGGAAGCAAUGCAGGUCUUGUUUGGUUGAAGAGUUAGUCAAGAUCUAAAACAUGACAAUGAAGAAAAUCACUUGGAAACAAUAAUUUACUGAAUGUACUGCUGUUAAACUACAGACAUAGAGAUGUGCAAAAAAGUCAUAUGAUUUGCAUAGUUUAGAAUUUUUUUGGUAGUCUCUUAGUUUUGUGUAUUUCUCAAUAUAGCCACCCUCUUAGGUUGUUGAUUAUUCUGUUACUAUAAUUCAGUGCUGCUGUUCUCCUUGCUGAGUGUAAGUAGCAUUUCCUAUAACAAUAAACCAUUGUCCUACCCUUGAACAAGCUGUGACUUGUUUUGGAAGGUGGGCAUCAAGAGUCUUAUUAGAGAUAUAAUUAAUAGACAUCCUAGUGAAGCAAAAGCUUUUUUCAGUAUUCUGUAUAAAGGAUUAGGUGUAAUCAGAUUUUAAGAUGAAACAUUAUUAAAUAAUAUGCUAGUAGCUCACUCAAUUUCCAGAAAACAUCUGAUAGUUUUUCUGAAUAGAUUUCCAAUACACAUAGCAUCAACAUAACUAAAAACCUAAGAAUGUUUUCUACUGAGCAAAAACUACCCAAUAUCUGAAUGCACUGCUAAACUAAUUGGGAAUUCCCAUAAAAGGCCUAUAAUUCUGAUCUCUAUAUAUGUUUUCCAAAGCAUGGUUUAUUAUAGUACUUAUUUUUAGCAUGCUCCACUUAGAGAUAUUUUUAGUAAACAUGUCUCCCUUCAAAUGAUUGUAAUUCAAUAUGCUUAAUGUUAAUAAGCUAUUUUAAUGUAUAAGAAGUCAUACUUCCAAUGAAUACACUUAAUCACUUUAAUUGGAAAUAAUAUUGACACUGAGGGAAGGCAAUUUCAUUUUCAGAACUCUAGAUUGGAGUAGAAGUGCACAAAACACAUUUUGAGUGUUAUUUGACAGCACACACAUUAUUUUAGUGCUCCUCGUUGUUACUUUUUCUCUCUGUCUUCAGGAUUUCUGUUUCUUUACGAUUUAUUAUUUUGUCCCCAUAAGGGCUGGUUGUGAGUUAGAAAUAUAGGGUCUGUUAUGAUCUGGGAGGCAUUUUGUUUUGCAAAUCCCCAAAAUGCUUGCAAUAAAAGUGAAUUUAGGAGAGAUUGAAUUUAUGCUUUCGUAGUUAAAAUGCACAUUUGCUGGAUGUUGUCUUCACUGUAAAGUCUUCGUGGUGCACUCAUUUGUAAGAGAUGACAAUUUGAAAGUAUUUUUAAUGCGCAAUCAUAUGCAACCUGUAUUUGUGUUACCUAUAAAUGCACCAGAUUAAGCAAAUUAGUUGGCUCUGCAAGUUAGCUCAAGGCUUCUCAGUUCAAACCUCAUCUUUCUAUAGAAACAAUAUUGAAGAAGUUUGAACAUUUGGCGCUUCAAUUUCUUUAUAUUAGGAUAGCUAACAAAAUAUCUGGUAUGUAAAAAGUUAAGGAUCUGUACAGUUAAAUCCUUCCAAUAGAAUAAAGUAAUAGUUUCUAUGCUUUUUAAAGCCACACAGGGCAGAAAUGUAUAUCUUUGCAUAUUUUUCUUGCAGCUGCAUAAUUAUAAAUACUGUAUGACAAUGUUAAUACAUCAAUUCUCAUCAAAUGAAAAGUUCACUUGCCACUUUUUGUUAAUAAAGAACUGUUCAACAGAA